UUUUUUUCCGAGGGGUGGAAAGGAGCUCGCGGAAUAAAAGUGCAGCAACAAGCCGGUGGCUCCCAGAGCGGCCGGGGCGGGCGCGGCGGGAGCCCCCAGCGCAGCGCGGAGCGGAGCGCGGAGCCCACCUGCCCCCCGAGAGUCACCACCGCCGCCCUGACACCUUCCCCCGCGCACAAAGACACUCGUAUAUAUAUAUAAAUAUUUUUUUUUUCUUCUUUUUUUCACUCCCCCCGACUUUUCCGCCAGGACUUUUCCACCGCCUUGGGACACCCGCAAACUUCUCCCGCGCUCCCCGUUUCCCUCCCACCCUUCCUGUGCUGGUGGGUUUGAGUUUGGUUGGUUGUUUUUUCUUUCUUUUGGUGUGUGCGCUUUUUUUUUUUCCCUCCUUCUUUUUGGGAAGACCGCCUGCGUUUGGCCGCCUCUGCCCCAGCGGAGAGGCCGGGAGCGGCUGCGGCAGCGCGGCGGCACCUCCCCGGCGCACCGCGUGGGAGCCCCGCGGCUCGGCGCGGCUCAGCUAGGCUCGGCUCGGCGCGGCUCGGCUCAGCUCGGCGCGGGCGCUCGCCGCCGAUAAUGCAGAGCUACAAGUACGACAAGGCGAUCGCGCCGGAGAGCAAGAACGGGGGCAGCCCGGCGCUGAACAACAACCCGGCCAAGGGCAGCAGCAAGAAGGCGCUGCUCAUCUGCCUCGACUGCCUCUGCCUCGUCAUGGCUGGAUUGCCCUUCCUGAUCAUUGAAACGAGCACAAUCCAACCCUACCAGCGGGGCUUUUACUGCGACGAUGACAGUAUCAAGUACCCUCUGAAAACGAUGGAGACAAUCAACGAUGCAGUGCUGUGUGCUGCGGGCAUCCUCAUUACUAUCCUCGCCAUCAUAACGGGAGAGCUCUACCGGAUCCACUACCUGAAGGAGAAGUCGCGGUCCUUCAUCCAGAACCCGUACGUGGCAGCGCUCUACAAGCAAGUGGGCUGCUUCGUUUUCGGCUGUGCCAUCAGCCAGUCCUUCACAGACAUUGCCAAAGUGUCCGUGGGCCGCUUGCGCCCUCAUUUCCUGGACGUUUGCGAUCUCGAUUUCUCGACGAUCAACUGCGCUAAGGGAGUUUACAUCCAGAACUACACCUGCAGGGGAAGCGACAGCAAGGUCCAGGAAGCCAGGAAGUCCUUCUUCUCGGGGCACGCGUCCUUCUCCCUCUACACCAUGCUUUACUUGGUGUUUUAUCUGCAGGCCAGAUUCACGUGGAAGGGCGCCCGCCUGCUUCGCCCCCUCCUCCAGUUCACGCUCGUCAUGAUGGCGUUUUACACGGGGCUGUCCCGCGUCUCCGACCACAAGCACCACCCCACCGACGUGCUGGCGGGGUUCGCACAGGGAGCCCUGGUGGCUUACUGCGUGGUGUUUUACGUCUCAGAUCUCUUCAAACCCAAGAUAAAGACUUGCCUGCCUCCACCCCCCAUCCGGAAGGAGAUCCUUUCGCCUGUGGACAUCAUUGAACGGAAUAACCAUCACAACAUGGUGUAGACCUCGGAAACAAUCCCAUUUGUUUUUUAUUUUUAUUUUUUUUUUUGCAAAAAUGACUGCUGACAGCAACUACCUGCUGCUCUCAAAUCUCAUCAGACAGUAGAAUGUAGGGAGAGACUUUUUUGCCCGACCAGUGAAGUCUUACUCUGUGGUCUUUUCAACUUGUGACGUUUGGACGAAAGGGGGGGCGUUCAACUAAGUCAAAAGCAACGGUGAGAAGCAAAAAAAAAAAAAAACAAACAAAGCGAAACAGAAAAGCCGAACAAGCCGAGAGAGGCGCCGGAGUUCUGGAUGUGCAAUUGGUUUGAGUGUUCAUGUUGUAGUGAACGCCAAAUUGUUCAUAGCGUAAUGAACACUAAACGGUUUUGUGAAGCUGGCCAUCUUAGGGUUUUUUUACUACGAAGAUUUCCGAUGCCUGUGCGAAAAAAAAAAACAAAGAAAACAACUCACAGCUGAAUUAUAGAGCACUAUAUACAAGAAACAGCACUGAGUCAAGAUUUGGGAUUGGUUUAUAAGAGUUGCUUUUUUUUCUUUUUCAUGUUAGUUUAUUUUUUUCCUCCUCCAUUCCAUACUGUGACUUAGUUUAGAAGAAGCUUGCCCGGUCCAAGAUCUCCAGAGGGUCCCUGUCCACACUACACAGGUCUAACAAGCAGCCGUGGGACACUCGGAGCGGUGGGAUAACUCCGCCGCCCGCUUAGCUGCCGCCUCUCCUCGUGCCGGCUCCCUUCCUGGCGAUGGUUUGUCCCUCCUGAGAUGUCAGGCGGGCACGGUGGCUCCAAACGGCCCUAGAGGACCGGAGCAUCCCUGCGCUUCCCGGCCCCGCAGCGCGCGGCGGCUUUCCGGGGCCCCUCGGCGGCGGGCAGCGGCUGCUCUGUCGCAGAUGCGUUCGCACGACGGACUCGGGACUGAGUCCCGGGGAAACUCGGAUCCGGCGGUUUCGGGACGGGCUGCUGGGCGGCACGUCCCAGCCGGGCGCAGUCGGCGUGUGCAUCCCCUCCGCCCCGCGGUCGGGGCCCCGGCGCGCCCCGCUCCGGCGGCACCGGCUCCAGCGCUCCGCUAGCUACGCCGGUGGGAAACCGGGCGUGCGGGUAGCGAAGGGCGAUUUUUAUUUUUAUUUUUAUACUUUUUUUUUUGCCCAGCAACCACAGGUGGUUGGCUUUCUGCUGGAAAAGCCACGGCAGAGGUUUGCAGACCAGCGGCAGGCCUUGCACAAAGCUCCUCCGAAAAGGGAUCACGCAAAUCACGCAGAAUGGCCAUUUGCACAUCCUUCCUACAGAAUCCGUCCUAUCAUUUCAACUAUAGCAAGCUAUGAUUUUUAUAUAUAAAUAUUAUAUAAAUAAUGUAUAAAACCUUAAAAAUUAACUAUGUAAAAUAUUAUUUCUGAAACAAUUUUAGAUAUAUCCACUAUGACUAUAAACUGUGUCCUGACCUGUGUUAUUUACAUUUUGCUGCUUAAAAAAGCAUUGAAUUAAUUUUUUUAUAGUCGACUAAAAUAUUGUAGUUCUGUGGUAGUAAUAUUUUAAUGAAAAUAACUACAAUUAGAGACAUUUGUAUAAAAAAAAACAUAUUAAAUUGUCUGUAUUUUUGUAAUGUUCCAUUUUGUAAAGAGAAGAAUAUUCAAAGACUUUUGUAGAAUACAAAGUUAAAGUUUGUAUCUGCGAAAUUAUUGCUGUAUAAAUGUGCUUUUUAAAUAAAAGCUCAUAACACAACUAAAUAA